AUGGCUGGCACCGGGGGCAGCUGCUUGUCGCGAAAUCCAAUCUCCGCUGUGAACUCGCCAUGAAAAGAUAACUUUUGAACUGUUUGAAAGGACUAUUUUGGAUUUCACAGGUGAAGAGGUUUGUGUGCGAUUAUCCUGCCUUGCUGACUUCGGAAAAGUUGGGUAAGCUGGCAGACUUGCCAGUAUUUGGGAACAAGGAGAGAGGGGAGGGAUCCAGCUACCUUGGGAAUUCUGAACACUGUCCAGCGCACUCAAAAUAUGACACCAGUGUCCGGAUAUCCCUGUCAAUAGAUAACUUGCCGCUACACUUUAAGGUUUCUAAUCUAUAUUGAACCCUAGUCGAUGGAUUUAUUACCAGCAAGUCAAGAUCAUUUUAACUGUACUCUCUCCCUAGGCUAGAAAUUGUGAAGCAUGGGUGACUGGAGUUUCCUGGGGCGGCUUUUGGAGAACGCGCAAGAACACUCGACGGUGAUCGGCAAGGUCUGGCUGACGGUGCUCUUCAUCUUCCGCAUCCUGGUGCUGGGGGCGGCCGCGGAGGAGGUGUGGGGCGACGAGCAGUCAGACUUCACCUGCAACACGCAGCAGCCCGGUUGCGAGAACGUCUGCUACGACGAGGCCUUCCCCAUCUCGCACAUCCGCUUCUGGGUGCUGCAGAUCAUCUUCGUCUCCACGCCGACGCUCAUCUACCUGGGCCAUGUGCUGCACAUCGUGCGCAUGGAGGAGAAGCGCAAGGAGAAGGAGGAGGAGCACCGCAAGGCCAGCCGGUUGCAGGAGGAGAAGGAGCUGCUGUACAGGAACGGAGCCGGUUCAGGAGGAGGCGCGGGGGACAUGAGUGGAGGAGGAGGAGGAGGAGGAGGAGGUGGGGGCGGCAGAGGCGGCAAGAAGGAGAAGCCGCCAAUCAGAGACGAGCACGGGAAAAUCCGCAUCCGUGGCGCGCUGCUGCGCACCUACGUGUUCAACAUCAUUUUUAAGACCCUGUUUGAGGUGGGGUUUAUCUUGGGUCAGUAUUUCCUGUACGGCUUCCGGUUGUUUCCGCUGUACAAGUGCGCAAGGUGGCCCUGCCCGAACGUCGUGGACUGCUUCAUCUCGCGUCCGACGGAAAAGACAAUCUUCAUCAUAUUCAUGCUUGUGGUAGCCUGCGUGUCCCUUUUGCUGAACUUGCUGGAGAUCUACCACCUCGGGUGGAAGAAGCUCAAGCAGGGCAUGACCAACGAGUUCGGGCCCGACCACGAGUCGCUACGGCGGGGCGUGGGCCCUGGCCCUGAGCCGCUGAGCUCCGUGCCCAGAACUGCCCCUCCUCCGCUCAGGUACCCGCCGACCUACACGGACGUGACGCAGGGCGGCACGGCGGCCUACCUGCCUCCCGUGGUCGCUCCGCCGCCGCCGGUGGGGGACUUCAAGAUGGAGGCCCUGCACGAGGAGCUUGGACGCGAGCCAGCGUCCUUCUACAUCAGCAACAAUAACAACCACAGGCUGGCGGAUCAGCAGAACUGGGCCAACCUGGCAACCGAGCAGCAGACUCGGGAGAUGAAGGCCACGGCUGCCGCAGCCGCCUCCCCUUCCCCCUCCUCCACUUCUUCCUCUCACUCCCAUCAGUCUGCCAACAGGGAGAGGCAGGCCAAAGAGGCUGGUGGUGGGGGUGGGGGGAGCGUCAAUGAGGAGCAGGCGAAGAGUGAGUCCGAGGUGGGGGUGGAGGAGGGUCACCUCACCACGACUGUGGAGAUGCACGAGCCUCCGCUCAUGAUCACAGACCCCCGAAGGCUCAGCCGGGCCAGUAAGACCAGCAGCGUCAGGGCCCGACCCAGCGACCUGGCUGUCUAGACGCA